AUGAUCUAUCCAAGGAAUCCUAAGAGCCCAGGUUCUGCUGGCUAUGAGCCUGCAUCCCGGGAAGUCUCCACGUCAGAUGCGGCAGAGAAAUACAAGGACUACAGUGCUGUUGUGAUAGACACUGGCACUGGCUACACCAAGAGCGGCCUGGCUGGCGAUGAGAAGCCACGCUCUGUGGUCCCGAGCCGUGUGGGGGUCCCCAAGGUCAGGACCAAUGACAGUCCCCUGUAUUACAUUGGGAAAAGCAUCCCCAGCAAUAGCUCAGAGGUGAUUGCCAACACCGUGAUGACCCAUGGCGUGGUUACAGACUGGGAUGCCCUAGAGAUGCUGUGGCAUCACAUCUUCUACACGGAGCUUAGUGUGUGCCCUGAGGAGCUGGCCGUGCUGGUCACAGAUGCACCCUUGUCCCCAACCACCAACCGGGAGAAGAUGGCUGAGCUGCUCUUUGAGAACUUUGAGGUCCCGGCAAUGUUUGUGGCACACCAGUCCCUGCUGUCUGUGUACUCCUAUGGACGCACCAAAGGGCUGGUGAUUGGCUCUGGCUAUGGGACAUCCUACACGGCCCCUGUCCAUGACGGCUACGUCCUACCCCAUGCCACCUACCGGCUAGAUGUGGCAGGCUGUGCUCUGACAGACUACCUGGCCAAGCUGAUGGGGGAGUGUGGCAACCCCUUCCGAGAAGAUGAGUUGGAGCUGGUGAGCAACAUCAAGGAAAAGUGCUGCUACAUCCCUGAGGACUUCCACGAAGAGCUGAAUGGAGAUGAGAAGAAAUACCUCAUGGACUUCAUCCUCCCUGACCAGCAGGUCAUUUCCAUUGGCAGCGAGCGGUUCCGGGGCCCUGAGGCCCUCUUCAACCCCGCUGUGCUGGGCUUUCCUGAGGCAGGUAUUCACAUCCAUGCCAUGAACAGCAUCAGAAAGUGCAAGCCGAAACACCGUGCAGAGCUGCUGGCCAAUGUGGUGCUGGCUGGUGGCACCACCAUGAUCCGGGGCUUCUCGGAGAGAAUCAAGAAGGAGCUGCUGAAGAUGGAGAUGACAGGCAAGGAGCAGGUGGCCAUCCUGGCUUCCCCCCAUCGCAGCUUUGCUGCCUGGCUGGGCGGCUCUAUUGUGGCCUCUCUCAACUCCUUCCAGAAUGUCUGGAUCAGCCAAAAGGACUACAGUGACAAGGGGCCUUUCGUGGUUCACCGGCACUCCUUCUGA